UACUUUUUUUUUUUUUGAGUACGCAUGCUUUCGCUGGUGAUCACUGUAGUUUAGGGACUCUAAAGCUUACUUUGACAAGGCGUUAGCGAUCCACAUUCGAGGUUGUAUGUCCAGUGCUGACCGUAUAUUACGAUUAAAACUAUAAACCCCGAUGGCGGAUCCAUACGACCGUGGUUACUACAAAAAGCGUCCUUACGCUGCCAAGUUUCAGGAACGGGAGCAGGAGCCGGAGUCGAGUCAGCAGCAGAUCAAACCAGUGUUCAUACUCGCCAAACACCCGGACCGGGGCUCUUCCUCCCAGACUCAGCCGCAAGCUGGUGGAGAUGCCGCCUCCGGAGAGAGUUCAAAGCCUACCGUUCUGCUCAGCAAGGCAUCAUCGAGGGCCGAAUCCCCGGCAUCAUCAUCGAGCACAUCUAAGGACGAUGCCCAGCCAUCGGCAUCUGUGUCCACUAGUACGGCCAUCAAGCAACCGCCUCCCGAGAGCUUGAGUGACCGGCUCGCAGCACCUCCUGACAUGGCAGCCCCUGUCAAGUUUAUUGAUGAUUCCUUACAAUGGUGUGAUAAUGCUCUCGAGUACCUUGUGGACCAGCCAGACUUCUACGUGGUCGGAAUUGUUGGCAUGCAAGGUGCUGGAAAGUCGACCAUUAUGUCCAUACUUGCUGGUCAGUAUGGCCAAGCAGGCAUGAGGCAGCUGUUUCGUCCGCAGAGCCGAGAAUUGCGGGAGCUUGGCCAGCAUUGCACAACAGGUGUGGACAUUUACAUCACACCAGAGAGGAUGAUACUGCUUGAUACUCAGCCUGUCAUCAGUGCCUCGGUGAUGGACCACAUGAUCCAGUUUGAGAAGAAGACUCCCGGGGGUGGAGAUUUUCAUUCGCUGGAGAACGCUCAUGUCAUGCAGUCUUUGCAGAUGGCCUCUUUUUUAAUGGCUGUCUGCCACACGGUCAUCGUCGUGCAAGACUGGUUUGCCGAUCCAAAUUUCCUCAGGUUUGUGCUGACAGCUGAGAUGCUGAAGCCGACAACUUCGUCGCAUGACCAAAGCCGCAGCAACAGUGAAGAUGUUGCUGAAAGCUUCCCUCACCUAGUGUUUGUACAGAACAAAUGCACUCCCGGCGACUUUUCUCCUGAGAAUGUUGCUGCCAUGAGCCAGACGUUGGAUGCCAUCUUUACCAAGUCGAAACUGAAGUACAAAGGACAUAUAAGUAUGGAUGCCUCAAUGGCUCUUGGCAAGGAGAAGCAGCACCAAGGGCCAAAUCUGUUCCUGCUUCCCAAGAGACUGUCUGAGCAAGAGGAGAAGCGAAGGAGUGAAGGUGAUGCUGUGCCUGGAUAUCAGGAUGGUGGUCGGCUAGAGCAGCUGGCUUCGUUGCUGACCCUCCAAGUUGGCAGCAUGCCAAAGCAGCACAUCACCCACACACCCCUCACCGAGAAAAACUGGUUCCACUACUCAGCACGGUUAUGGGACGCUAUGCAAAAGUCCAUGGUGUUCAUGGAGUACAGUCGUCUGCUUCCAUGAGGCAUUGUAAUGUAUAGUAUAAUACUGUGUGGUGUAUGGAAGAAGCCAGAGACACGAACUGGGGAACGUGUGCAAGUGUGUAAAUAAAGUAUGUGCCAGAAACACACAAAGCCUGCUGUUGU